UUUACGGACUUUUCUCGUUUAUGGACAAGUUGUGAUUUUUUGUUCAGAAUUAAAAAGCAACCUUUUGAAGUGUAUACAUAUUUUGAAUAAUUUAAUACUGCAAUUGUGAGGAUUUGCGGAUAUUGAAUUGAUUAUCGAAGACUUUUACUUGUGGAAGCGCAUUGAAAUUAUAAUUCCAAUCAGGAAUCAAUAAUUUUAUGCAAACGGAAAACAAAAUGGCUGAACGUUGUGUCAAGUUAUGAAAAAGGAUUGAAAAAGGACGUUUUGUAAUAAGUUGAAGGGAAUUUUAAUACAUUGUUAUCAAAAUGGGCACCGUGCUUUCAUUUUCUCCUCGACCGAGGAAACCUCUCUAUGAGGAAAUAAAUCUGAACAAUUUUAAUUACGAAGUUCUCAAUAACAAUAAUAACAACACAAAGACCUCUCAUUCCAGUUUUCGAGAAAUUAAAGACAAGAGUUUCAAAAGACACACUAUAUUUCUCAGUGGACUGAGUUGGAAAAAGUUCACGGUCAAUGGGAGCAAAAAGAAAGAGAAAAAUAUAUUCAACCGACACUCGGCCGUUGGCGUUUUACCGGGAAAAAUUGAUAAUAACUGUAACAUUGAAAAUCUGAACAUCAACAAAAAUGUUCAAAAAUCCGUGUCGUGCUACAACCUCAAAGCUCCGGAAGUUCAGUUACAAAGUCUUCGCAACAACAAUAACAAUGAAGUUAACAUUAACAAUAACAUUAACAACAAACACAAGAACAACGUCGCCGAAACAAAACCGGAAGUCAGACUUGUCAAGAAGGUUGACAAAGGUACGAGCCCCCGCAAAACCGUUAUACAAGCGUCUACGUCUGAGUUACUCAAAUGCUUGGGCGAAUUCCUGUACCGCCGCUGUCGGCGUCUCAAGCAUUUCGAAGGCAUGGACGCCAUUGUCUGGCUGAGGACGGUGGACCGUGCGCUUCUUCUUCAAGGAUGGCAAGACAUCGCGUUCAUUAAUCCUGCGAACGUAGUGUUCGUGUACAUGCUGGUCCGCGACCUCGUUACACCAGAAGGACCGACGGACGAGACGGACCUCCAGGCCACGGUACUGACCUGUUUAUACCUCUCGUACAGCUACAUGGGCAAUGAGAUCAGCUACCCCCUUAAACCCUUUCUUGUCGAGGACGACCGGGACCGGUUCUGGGACCGCUGUCUCCAUAUUAUCAACACCCAAAGCUCCAGCAUGCUAAAAAUCAACAGUGACCCUAGUUAUUUUACCGAAGUGUUCACGGAACUGAAGGGAUACUCCCCUUUGAUAUGCUAGUGGCAAUAUACAUGGUCCACAUAUUCCCCUGUGAUAUGCUUGGGGAUAUAGGAUGAGGUCAUAGACUCUCCUUAUAUUAACUAGAGAACUAAAAAGGGAUCCAAAACUCCCACUUGAUUUCCUAGAUACGUUAUAAGAGAUCACAGACUCCCAUUUGAAUUUCUAGAUGAAUCAAAAAGGGAUCAUAGACUCCCCUAAAAUAUGUUAGGGGACGCAAAAGGGGCCAGACGACUUGAAAAUUCCACCGGUGUUUAAAACCACAUUACUUUCAAACUUAAAAGCAUUAAGUGUUCAACACUUUGACAAUGGAAGUAUAAUGUUAUAAUGUAUUGUAAAUAGUUUAAUA